AUGACUUCCACACGGCUACGCCUACCUACACGGGUACAAGUCCGACUACCAACAUCGUCAACACCAACCCAGCGCCCCUCCCUCCCCCACCGGCACCACCAACCACCACAAUCCCGCCCCUUCUCCUACAGCCCACGCUCAAUCCCACGCCCACGAAUAACACAGUCCUCAAUCUGGACUUCUCUAAUCCCCAAAUUCCUCCGAAACCGCUCUCCGGCGUCCGCAGCGCCAGCACCCACCUCGUCAACGCCGAAAUCCAAAGAAUGGAACCCGGCGUCCUUCUACAUCAUCAUCUUCAUCCUGAUCGGGUCCCAGGCCAUUCGAAUGAUCGCGCUGAAGAAUGAGUACAAGGCGUAUACGCGCAGUACGGAUGCGAAGAUUCGGUUGCUGCGCGAGGUCAUUGAGAAGGUUAAGGCUGGGGAGGUGGUUGAUGUGGAGAAGUUACUUGGGAAGGGGGAUGAGGGGGUUGAGAGGGAGUGGGAGGAGGUGCUGAAGGAGAUUGAGCAGGAGGACUCGUUAUGGCACCGAAGGAGGAAGGAGGCCGAGGAGAAACACGAACAGGAUGAGGGGAAGGCUGCGACAGCAACAGCAAAGGUCGUAUCAAAGGACCUGGUGGUUCCUGCGGUCGAUAAGAGCACACCGGCCGGAGGCGAUGACGGUGUAAAGGAGGCGACGAAACGGAGGGUCGGCUUUUUCUAA